AGGUGACCGCAAUCGUAAGACUUGUCGAAGUAUCCGUGAUCGACAUAAUCACGAUAGUUUGAAACAAUGAGCAAAACGCAACAUUAUGCAGUCACAGAAUAAGCAAGACACUGAUACAGUGCGAUAUGUCGCUGCUCAGUCACAAGACGUGUCCAUCAACAUGAAGAAACUAACAGAAUUAUCAAUCGAGGUGAUAGCUUAUAUGUCUCGCAAUUACGAUAAUAAAAAUUUUAACGCAGUCACACGUAGUUAUGUGCGAUUGUCGUCCGAAUUUCAUCCUGACAAAGACGACAACAGAGCGGCGGAUUGGCUGUUCGUAUUGAAUACAUUGAAUUUUGCACUUUGGACCGAAAAGGAUAUGAAGGAAUGGAAAGUUGAUGGAUUAACUGGAUACGUAGCACUGUGUGCUGUUAUUAAAAGAGCUAUUGACGAUGGAAAAUCAAUGUGGGAUCCUAAAUUUUAUACAACGCUAUCUAUGGUCGAAAUGAUACGCAUUUUCCAGGGCGAUGACGACGUUACCAUCCCACGCCUAUCUCAAAGAUUGAUAAUUUUGCAUGAAGUUGGAAAAGUUUUGUUGGACCACUAUAAUGGUACUUUCGCAAAUUGUAUCAAAUCAUGUGAACACGAUGCUAUGAAGUUGAUGGUUACAAUUCACGAUAAAUUCCCGUCAUAUCACGACGUAACAAAAUACGGCGGACGAUCAGUUAAAUUGUACACUAAGGCGUGGACAUUAGUAGCCGAUAUAUGGGCCUAUUUUCACCUAGAACAUGAACUUUGGAUUGAAAUAAAAGGAAUAAAGUAUUCUACCAUAUUUGCUGAUUAUCGUAUGGUUCAGGUUUUCAAUCAUUUCAAUGUUCUUGUUUACAGUAAAAGAUUCUUGGACACACUCGAAAAAGAGGCCUUCUUUUUACAUGGGAGUAGAGAAGAAUUAGAGAUGCGCUGUUGUUCACUUAUGAUAAUAAGAUAUCUGCAUCAAAUGUUGAUGGAAACACUCAAGCAAGAUACAUUCAUAAAACGAAUACCCGAAUUAAAGUUGCCAGGUUUCGAUUGUACGUGUCUGCUUGACAAUUUUCUGUGGGACUAUCGACAAGUACAUGAUGAGCAAUUGAAGAAGAAUGUAUUAUGCAACGUCUACACUGAGAACUAUUAGAACAAUUUAUAUUGUUACAAAUUGUAGUUUGGAUAAUACGUUUUCUCAUGUUUUAUUCAUAUCAUUUAUAUU